AUGAAAUGUAUUGAAAAAUUCGAUAUAUUAUCAUUAGAUAAUGAAGAAGAAAUAAUUAUUCAUUUAAGACAUUUAAGUAACAAUGAAAAUUGUUCAUUAAGAGAUAUAACUCAAGCUUAUCAAAUUUUACAAGAUUGUUUUCAAAAUUUAACUCAUCAACAUUUACAAUUAGUAAAAACAAUUGUCGAAUAUUCGAAUGUUAUUCAAAUGAUGAAAAAAUUUGAUCUUUAUUCUACUAAUGGACGACGUCAUUUUCAAGAAUUACGAGAUAAUUUAACAACACAAUUUCAAUUACAAGAAUUAAAUAAUAUGAUACUAAAUUCAUUGAUUAUAACAUAUACAUUAAUUGAACCAUUUAUUUUUAAAGCUAAAAAUUUCAAUGAUUUUAUUUAUCGUCUUGCUCAAUUAUCAAAUUUAGAAGAAAAUUCAUUAAAUCAUAUUAAAGUAAUUAAUGAUAAUAUAUCAAUUGUAACGAUGUGGUUAUCAACUGAAGAAACAACAGUUUUAGACAAUGCUUUGAUUACUAUGGAACAUUUAUAUAAAAAUGGAAUUGUUAAUAUUUAUUUACGACAUUUAACAAGAAAAUCAUCAUAUUAUGAAAUUAGUUAUUCGAUUGAUCGUAUACAAAAUAAAAUAAAAAAAGUCAAAAAUGAAAAUAAUCAGAAAGAACAAAUUGAAAAUAAUGAUGAAAUUAAAAUAAAAAAAAUUCAAUUUCUAUUAUCAAUGUCAGAUAUUGAUGAUCAUAAACGUCAAUUAACAUUUUGUAAUGUUGAUGUUCAACAAAAUUUAAUCUAUAAAAAAGUUUUAAUUGAUGGACAAUUAAAAUUAUUAAAAACAAUUGAAAAUAUCUAUGAUAUUUUUACUAAAUUAGAAUUAGCUGGUCAUCCUGAUUAUCAAUUACGAGAUGAACAUUAUGAAAUUCAU